CUGCACCAACAGGAGAAGAUGUCCGAGCCCAAUAAGUACCGAGAGUGGAUCUUGGAAACCAUCGACUCUCUCCGCUCGAGGAAAGCUCGUCCGGAUCUCGAGAGGAUUUGUCGAAUGGUCCGGAGACGACACGGGUCAGACCCGGACCGAACCAGGACAGAACUGGAAAAACUGAUUCAAGAGCAGACUGUGCUCAAAGUUAGCUACAAAGGGUCCAUAUCGUACCGAAACGCGGCGAAGGUGCAGAGGAAAAGCAGAAAGAAGACUGAGUUUACGGCCGCUGGCAGCAGCGGCGGCGGCAGCACGACCAAACAAGACCAUCUGAACAACAACGGCGACAGUGCGCACAGCUUCACCGACCAGGAGGAGGACUCUGAGCCAAGCCCAGAUCCCCACACUCAAACAUCAGCCAACACCACCAUCACCACCGACAAGAAGCUCAAGCCUGCCUCAAGCCCGAGUAGCGGAAACGUGAGUCUCAGUUGUGGCGCAACAAUCGGGAGCGGCUGUAAAGAGGAGAAAGCAAGUGCAUCGAGAGACAAGGGAUUGGGACACCAGGGAGCGGGGGGCUGCCCGUCGCCCUGUCACGGCCACAGAACAAGCGCGCACGACGGCGGGGAUGCCGGCGGGACAACCCCGAGCAGAGGCGAUGCAGUUCAGGGAGGAAAGCAGCCAGGUUUGUCCGGAGCUGACACCCAGAACAAAACUUGCCCAGGAAGCGUCAGCAGCCUCCCUCAGCAGAAGCAGACUGCACCCCUCCAGCCCAAACUUCGAGUCGGAGGAGGGGGCACCAAAACAGCGGGGAACAACGCCAACAACUCCGACCUGGGUGACAGAUUGGUGGCUUCUGUUCGCAGCCUGUCCGAGAGGAGCCUCCGAGGGGGCUCCUCCGCCGCAACCAGAGGCCACAUGAAGCCGCUCGGGCUGAAGGAGAUUUUGGGCUAUCUGAGCAGUCAGGAGCGGCUCUCAGAGGAGAAACUGACCCGAGGCAAAGUCAAAGUGGUCAUGGAGAGGGAGGUGGCGAGAGGCCGGCUGCGCAGGACCCGCUGCGGGAACAUUACUCUUCCUCUGAGGGGGAUGGUGGUGGAGGAGCCGAUGCCGAAGAAUGCGUCCGCUUGCAGACUUGGAAAGAGCGCACUGCAGGACAAGCACAAGCACUCUGUGAAAAAGGAGAAUGAGCCCAUGGAAACAGCCAGUGAAGAAGAAGAACGGGGAGAGAAUGGGGAAGAGGAGGAGGAGGAGAAGGAUCCCAGGAGUUCUGAUGAGGAGGGAGGACUAUCCCCGGUAGCCAUGACAACCGAACCAGGCCUCAUUGAGAAACCCACAGAAGAUGCUGAGAUCCAGACAGCAUCAAAGCAGGAAAGCCCUCAUCAGCUGCAGGACUGUGGCAAAGUGAUGGAUUCCCUCGACAGGACAUUGUGUCCGCCUGAUCAUGAAGCUUCCCUGUCACAGUGUAUCAGUGCACACCCACAGGAGACACCUGUCACCGCUGAUCAGUUACAUUUGGAGGCACAGACACAGAAUCAGAUGCUGCCAGGCACAAUCAACCACACUUCCUCAGGCUUUAACAGCUCGGAGUGUAAGACAGAGGUCGGUGUGUCGUCCUGCCUGCUCACACCCACAGCCUCCCCGAGAGACUCCGGCCUAUCUGACGAACGAGGGAUGAACGGAGGAGUAAGCAGUGAAGGGUUUGUGAAGUCUGAGGUUGCCAGUGGGAGCCCGGUGGACUGGACGGUGUCUGAUGUGGUCAGUUAUUUCACAGCAGCAGGUUUCCCCGAGCAGGCUGCUGCCUUCAGGACCCAGGAAAUCGAUGGAAAGUCCCUUCUCCUCAUGCAGCGUAAUGAUGUUUUGACUGGUCUGUCAAUCAGGCUCGGCCCCGCCCUCAAGAUCUAUGAGCGUCACGUAAAGGUUUUGCAGAAAACACACUUUGAGGAUGACGACUGCUAACGAUACGUGGAAUAAACACUGUUUAGAGACUGAGACUGUUUAUAUCUACAUAUAACUCAAUUAAUCAUAAAAAAAUGCAUGCAUGAUAUAAAAUAUACUUUUUUAUCUCAUGUCCAAGAACACACAAACACACACACACAAAUACACACGCGCAUACCCACACACUUCCUCCAGGCCCUCUGCUACUGCUCUGGUUGAUGGACGACUAAAACCGAGAUUUUAGGAUGCAGAAGUCCAAAAGCAGUCAUGCAAUUUCUCUCUUUUUCCAAAAAAAAAAAAAAAGUACAACAAUGAAGCACUUUGCAAUUUCUCGAUUAAACUGUGGGAGAUGUUUUGUUUUGAUGUAUUGUUAUUUCGUGCUGACGUUUUGAAAGAGGUCAUGUUGAUUCUGUUUGGAGGCAAGUUCUGUUUCUCUUUCUUUUGAGGUUGUGAUACGAGGGUUUUUUCUUGCUGCGGGUGUGUGUCUGUCCCUGCACACAUACUGUUUGUGUGUCAACAGCAACAAAUUACAAGUUGAACAGAUUUAAGCGGUACUGCACACUUAAACAUGUUUGUUGAACUGUAACCAAAAUUAUAUGACUAUACUGUGAUGAAAUACAUCAGUGCUGAUGUUAAUAUUGACACUGACACCAAGUUUAUAAAAAUUGGUAUUUCAUGGGUUGAAAAUAGCUUGAAUGGUUUAAAAGGAGGAAUGUUAAAGCCACCCUCCCAGCACCUACCCUUCAGUCUGAAUCUGUGGAAACGCCGGCCUCUUUUUCAAAUAUAUGCUGAUUGAGACAGUUUUAGCUUCUGGAGCUAACAGCAGCCAACAGCAAAACUGACUUGCUGGAGGAAAUCUAUCCAUCUGUGUCUGUCACAGGACAGUCAGAGGUCAGGUGACGUCAGAGGAACUCCUGCCCUCCUGCCAAUCUCCCCCCCUUCGCAGCCCACUCUUAGCAUUUGUCUAAAUGAUGCAGUGGGUGGAGUUACGCUCAGGCGUGUGGGUGAAAUUACACUUUAAAUACAUUCCCAGAAGCUGGAGUGGAUGGUUGAGAUUCUGUUAAAUUGCUGCUAAAUCACAACCUUUGGAAAACGGUCUUCGGCCAAAGCAAUAAGCUGACAAUUCCCCCAAGAUGUUCUGGAGGUUGUUGGACUGGCAGGUGGUUGAUUUUGUGUCGUUUAACAUUUCAAAUGAAACCCUCUGACUUAAGCUUGUUCAUAAUGUUUUAAACAGAUCUCCUCCAGCCCACACGUGUCCCCACAUUACAGCAGGCUCCAUAAAUGUUGAUCACCAGCUAACUGAACUGAAAUCGGCAGAACAAUCAACUAGAUAUACCAGAGUAAAUAUGUAAAUACAUUCAAGCAAAAAAAACCAAACAAACAAAACAUUUAAUACAUCCGCCUAAAUGUAUAAAGUAUAGAGAAAUAGCUAUUUGAAUGAAAGAUGUUAACGCAGGGUAAUGCUGAGUCAAUCAAUCAACUGAUCUCAUGCCACCAGCAUUUUUUUUUACCGUUUUUGCAGCUCAAACCUUGGAAACCAAAAUGCUGUCAGACUGUCAUCCAUAUCAUUCCCACCUGCUCUGUAAGGACACACAUUCCAGGUUUUACAUUGUCUUUGUACAAACAUCUUUUUUUUUAAAAUAAAUUCUGUCAUUUGUGUGUUUGUAUAUUUCUGUUUUCGACUUAUUGGUGUUUAUUUGUGUGAAUGUUUUUUAGUCAAAUCCAACAUUUCUCAAACUUCUACCUCUCUCCUCUCAUCCCCCCCUUCACUCUCACUUUUUUUUUCAA